CGGAAGACAUUAGCCGAAUCUUCGGUACUAGUCAACUGGAGGCGCUUAUGUUUUGCAGCUACCAGCGUCAGUUUUGAACGAUAGGAGGGGAGCGAAGUGUUUGUUUUUAUAGUAAACCGGUCAACUUUAGCCUCUACUUGUCCGAGUAAACUAUCGUUUUAGCCCGUCCGGUAGAGAUUAAGUGUGUUUCAUGUUGUGCAGUUUACUGUGCCUGAGUAAAGCCCUCCAACUGGCGGAUCGCAUCAGUUCGCCCGGAGGGUCACCGUGAGCUCCGUGCCCUGUGUAGAAAAUGACCGGAGAGAAGAUCCGUUCCUUGCGCAAGGACCACAGGCCGAGCAAGGACGAGGAUUUACUGGAACCGGACGAAGAGGCUGCAACCGGGACGUUCACCGCCUCCAAGACGAACAACAAGAGCAGAGCGAGUAAAAUCUUCAGCAAUCACAAGUUAGUCAAGUCUUCAUCCACACAGCAGCAGCAGCACCUACAGUCGCAGGUUAACGCUAACACCAACACACUGUCAACAUCCGAUGUCAUCGAUGACAACAACAAGAACCCCAUCAUCCGAACGGGGCAGGACUUCCCGGUGCAUGAGUGUGUGUUUAAAGGAGAUGUCCGCCGCCUGUCUUCACUCAUACGGACACAGAAUAUCGCCCAGAAAGACGUCCAUGGAAACACACCGUUGCAUCUUGCCGUCAUGAUGGGGCACAAAGAGUGUGCCCACCUACUGCUGGCCCACAAUGCACCAGUGAAGGUGAAGAACGCUCAGGGGUGGAGUCCCCUUGCCGAGGCCAUCAGCUACGGAGAUCGACAAAUGAUCACAGCGUUGCUGAGGAAGCUGAAGCAACAGUCCAGGGAGACAGUGGAGGACAAGAGGCCCAAGCUGCUCAAAGCCCUGAAAGAACUUGGAGACUUUUACUUGGAGCUUCACUGGGACUUCCAAAGUUGGGUGCCUUUGCUCUCCAGAAUCCUGCCUUCAGAUGCCUGUAAGAUCUACAAGCAGGGCCUCAACAUCAGAUUGGACACUACCCUGAUAGACUUCACAGACAUGAAGUGUCAGCGUGGGGACCUCAGUUUCAUCUUCAACGGCAACGCCAUCCCUUCCGAGUCCUUUGUUGUGCUGGACAACGAGCAGAAGGUUUUCCAGCGGAUACACCACGAGGAGUCUGAGAUGGAGACGGAGGAGGAAGUGGACAUCCUGAUGAGCAGCGAUGUUUACUCGGCCACUCUCUCCACCAAGUCCAUCACCUUCUCCAGGGCGCAGACCGGCUGGCUCUUCAGAGAGGACAAGACGGAGCGAGUGGGAAACUUUCUGGCAGAUUUCUACUCUGUGAACGGCCUGGUGCUCGAGUCCAGGAAGAGACGGGAGCAUCUGAGCGAGGAGGACAUCUUGAGGAACAAAGCCAUCAUGGAGAGCCUGAGCAAAGGAGGGAAUAUCAUAGAGCAGAACUAUGAGCCGGCGAGGAGGCAAUCUCUAACGGCCCCCUCACCCAACACCAUAUCCUGGGAAGAAUACAUCAGUGCUGACAACGGAAAAGCUCCACAUGUGGGAAGAGAGCUGGUCUGCAAAGAGAGCAAGAAGAACUUCAAAGCCACGGUAGCCAUGAGUCAAGACUUCCCUCUGGGCAUCGAAUCGUUAUUGAAUGUUCUGGAGGUCAUUGCACCCUUCAAGCACUUUAAUAAACUCAGGGAGUUUGUUCAGAUGAAGCUCCCCCCCGGCUUUCCUGUCAAACUGGACAUCCCAGUGUUUCCCACCAUCACAGCCACCGUCACGUUUCAGGAGUUUCGCUACGAUGAGUUCGAUCAGACCAUUUUUACCAUUUCCAACGAGUAUAAAGAAGACCCUAGCCGCUUCCCUGACCUUUAACAUCUCAAGCAGGAACAUGAAAAGAAACGUGCGACAAGGCAACAUCAUGCUACAAGACAUACUUUUUUAAAACUAAAAAGGAAAAUAAUUCCAUCGCAUCCCUGAACACAAACUGCAACGAGUUUUACAUCACGACAGCUGCUGCAGAGAGGUCGACAUCGCCUCAUAAUGACAGUGUUUUAAAAACUCAGUGUUACAGUACUCUCACAUUCAGGUGGGUUUAAUCCCAGUCACAUCAAUUAAAGGGCAUUGAAGUUAAACUGGGUUUUCUGUAAACGGGGUAUAAAUACAGUUCAGUUGAUGCUAUGUAUUUAAGUGUGUAAGUAAUGUUUAUAAAGGGAAUAUGUUUAACUGACAUGUAAUAAAGCAAUGAUAUUACUGUGUAAGAUUUUGGGGAGGGAUUCUGCCAAAAAUGACUUUUAGGGUCCUUUUUCUUGCUUUAUAAUUUGUUACAGGUCUGAAAGAUGCUCCAAAAACAGAUACAAUUAAAAUCAUUAUUGGGAAUUGAGUGAAAUUCCUAAGAAUCCGUUUUUGCAGAAUUCCUUAAAUUGUGUGUGAGUGUGUGUAACAUUGAUUUUAUUGGGCGUGGAGUAGCAUCACUGAACCUUCGGGCACUAUUUAGAUCCACUACAUUCAGUUAGGUUCAUAAACUUUUUUGUGAAACCCAACACUUAAUCCUGCUUUUUAAAAUAUUAUAGUUUCAUCGUGGCAACGCUACAAAUGCUGCAAUUUCUGUGGUAACGAAACGUUUUUGUAUUUGUUUGAGUGGCAGCAAGUGUAAGUAAUGAUGUCUAAGCCUUUUGUUUCAUACAACACCUUUGUAAACUAUGUAACAAACUGUACAAUCUUGCUACUGGGGAUUGUAUAGCAAGAAGAUAUUAGGAAAUACAAGACUGUCUACAACAUUCAUGCCAUUUUUACACCUAACAAGAACCAGGCUUUUCCCCUGCACAAUAUGUAAAUACAUGUUUUAUGAGCUUUUGUCUUUUACGUUCUCUUUUAUUAUUCUUUGUGCUGAUGAAUUUAGGCAGAAUUGUGGAUUUUUUUUUAAUGUGGCGUCACAAGUUAAUCAAGAAUUUGUUGAUUUGUAAAAUGGUGGUGAUUUUGUACAUACUUGUAAUGUUUUAAAGGACCAGUGAAUCACUUAA